AUGUCUCAUCCUUUGAUUAAUAAACCAGUUCCAAAAAACGUAAUCUUGAAAAAUCAAGAUAAUGAAGAUGUUUCUCUAGAUUCGCUCAUUAUCGUUGGAAAACCUGCCGUCGUAUUUUUCUACCCAAGGGACGAAACUUAUGGUUGCACUAAAGAAGUUUGCUCUUUUCGCGAUUCUUAUGAGGACUUCUCCAAGGUUCAUGCAACGAUCGUUGGCAUUUCGGCUGAUCCGCCUGAAAGUCACAAAAAAUUUAUUCAGCGUCUAAUGUUACAAUUUCCGUUACUUUCUGACACAGAGGGUGAAGCUAGAAAAGCUUUUCAGGUUCCCAAGACUAUGGGUUUUAUGGCUGGUCGUGUUACUUAUUUAAUCGACAGAGAAGGAUUAAUUAGAGAAUUAUUUAAUGCUCCGUUAAAUUUUACAGGUCACGCCGAAAAAGCCAUUGAAUUCGUUAAAGCUCAAGCAGCAAAUUAA